AUGCUCACUUUGAGAAGGACCUUAUGUUCGGCCUCUUCUCUAUUGAACAGAGAACUUUAUCAGGGUGAAUCAGUUGUUCGCCUAAUUUUAAAUGAUGCGAAGCGACGCAAUGCGCUUUCACUGGAGAUGAUUGAAGAACUGACCAAAGAACUAGAAGAAGUAAAUUCGAUUCGAAAGGUGCGGUCGGUUAUAAUAUCAUCUGAAGGUCCAGCUUUUUCUUCUGGUCAUGACUUACCUAAAAAAGGACAUGGUUCCCAUCAAAAAGUUUUUGAUCGAUGCGGCAAUCUCAUGUUGUUGAUGCGGCGCAUGGAGAUCCCAGUUAUUGCUGAAGUGCGUGGCAUAGCCGCUGCGGCCGGUUGUCAGUUGGUGGCAUCGUGUGACAUUGUGGUGGCUGCUGAUAACUCCAAAUUCAUGGUUCCCGGGCAAAAAGUCGGGUUGUUUUGCUCCACUCCAGGAAUCGCACUAGCUCGGGCUAUUCCUCACAAGGUGGCAUUAGAAAUGCUCUUCACAGGAGAACCAAUUGAUGCUCAAACUGCUCUUCGAUGCGGCCUAGUUUCGCGUGUUGUUCCGGAAAAAGAGGUGAAAUUCGAGGCCUUGAGGAUCGCCGAGUUGAUUGGCCAGCACAGUCGUUCGGUCACAGCGCUUGGAAAAGCAUUUUUCUACGCACAAACUGAACUUGGUGUCAAGGAGGCAUAUAGGUACGGUGGAAAGGUGAUGGUGGAAAAUCUCAAGCUGAAGGAUGCCCAAGAGGGAAUAACGGCCUUCACUGAGAAGCGGAAGGCAUCAUUCUGCCAUAAGGACGAUAAAUGUUAA